AGUUGGUGAUGAUAAGUUACCCUGAUAGGUUGUAAAAAUGUAUUUAAUUAAAUUUUUUUAUUUAACAAUUUUUAUUAUUUCAAAUGUUAACGCCAAUAAUGAUACAUCAGUAAAAAGCGUGGUUAAACAAAAUGAAGAAAGUCGAAUUAUCAAUGGAACAAAAGCGACAGAUGCUCAAUUUCCUUUCAUGGUAUCAUUAAGAAGAGCACUUUCUGGAAAUCAUUUUUGUGGUGGUAGUAUAAUUUCUGAACGAUGGGUCAUCACAGCAGCCCACUGCAUGUUUGAUUCAAAUAAUUAUUUGAUAACUAAAAAAUCAUUGUAUGUUGUUGGAGGAAAAACAAAUAUACUUAUGGCCUCUCAAACUUCACAAAAAAGAGAAAUUUCUAAAUUAAUUGCACAUCCAAAUUACAAUGCAGCCACACUGACUCAAGAUGUUGCUUUGCUAUUGACAAAUCGACCAUUUGAAUUUACACAAUAUGUAAAACCAAUUUCAAUGUCAAUAAAAUUAUCAUCAGUAAAUACCAUGUGUUAUGCAGUUGGCUGGGGUUAUCUCAAAGAGAAUGGAACAGUUAGCAAUGACCUUAUGUUUGUUGGACUUCCAUUGUUGAGUAGCUCAACAUGUCGAAUACUUUUGGGACCUCUGCCAAGAGGUGUGAUUUGUGCAGGUUUUAAAGAAGGUGGAAAAGAUGCUUGUCAGGGAGAUUCUGGUGGCCCUUUGAUUUGUGAUCAUGAAAUAAAUGGCAUUGUAUCAGGAGGUGAAGGUUGUGCACGUCCAAAACUUCCUGGUUUUUAUACCUCUGUACCGUAUUAUAAAUCGUGGAUUAAUCAAGUUAUGCAAUCAAAUGGCUCAAUUUUAAGUAGUAAAAAUGGAGCAAAAUCAAAAUUUAUUUCAUUAACACUUGCUUUUGUUGUUGUAAUUCUAUCGAUGUUUAAUAUUUAAUAAUUUCAAUGAUUGUUUAUUUUUUUAUUGUUAUAAUUAAUAUAUGAAAAUAAAAAAAUUAAUAUCAUGUA